ACGGCCACACUGCUUAGGUCAGGUUUUUUAAGGGAAAAACAUCUGACAAAAAAAUUGAAAUCUUCCCGAUGACAAGUGUAGAGGAGAAUCCGUUCGCCGCCCUGCUCCAGGAGGGCUCCAAUUCAGAUGGCGUGUCUCACAAACUGGUCGAGGAUGUGCUCCUGUUCACGCUUAACAAGGCGUCCCUUGCCUCAGGCCUCUGCUUGGCGGACGUGGUGGUGGAUACCAGUGAGCAGUCUCUGAGCGAGGACCUGGUGGCCCACGCCCUCUUUGAACGCUUAAUGCUGGGCGAGACAGGCCAGUAUGCAGUGGGAAACGCAAGCCCGGAAGCCUUGGAGUCGCGUGCCUUGUGCUACCUGCGAGGGGCUUUCUCUAGGUGUGAACGCAUCCAAUCGGAAAAGAAAACUGACUGCUCCAAAGUCCUCGCCUUGAUUCUCAACAAUGCCAGCACCUGCAUGAGACAGCCAGACCUCUUUGCCCCACAAUCAUUCACCGCCCAAUGGCUGGAGAUGUUCGAGCAAGCCGAUGAGCACGAUACAAGCACCCAGGAGUUCCUGGUCCGCGUCGCCUGCAAAGUGGUAGAGGAGGACGAGCCGAUCGAGGCUCUGGGCGCCCUAAAGGCUAUCUUCUACCCACUGCUUACUGAGCUCCAAAAGCUUAUUGCCAAGGAGAACUUGAUUACGGUUAAGCAAAACGUAUUCUGGAUCCUCGGCUUCUUUGUACGCGAUAAGCGAGCAGCCGAGCUAGGCGAGCUGCUAAUUGACUUCACUACUCCCAACCCCAAGGCUAAAGGUGGCGAAUAUAUGGACACUUUGCUGGGCAGUCUUCUGUGCAUCUCAAUCCUGCCCAAGACUCAAACGGCAAAGUACGAGUUUUUCCAAGAGCUUGUAGGGAACCAUACGGACUCUGCCCUUUGGGCCCUUUUGUCCCAUCACCAGCACUCUAUUUUCUUGCUUGUCAAGCAGUUGCUUGUUCUGUCUCCGGAAACGAAGAAGAAGACACUUCAAUGGAUAGCUAAUUGCUUGGAUUCAAAUGUGUCACGUGGUCACCUGUGGAGCAGCAUCAAUCUGAACUUGGACCAGACGGUUCAUAGCACAGCCAGCGAUUCCUUUAUGACCGGCCUAAGUGCAGUCCUCACCCGUCUCUGUGCUCCUCUCUGCGUCCCCUCGUUAAAGGUUCUUCUGGUGGACCCCACGUAUUGUGCAGUGCAGGACAAGGAUCGGCAGGCGAAGGGCGUAAGUCUGUUGAAGGCCCACGACGAGACAUGCCUGCUUCCCAGCGCUGAGGGUGAGGAGCGUCUGACGGCCGAAAAGUACAAUUUCGUGACUGAGAUCUUCUACAUGACCCACAAGUGCUUUGAACUGGCCAAUCGUCCAUGCAUCGAGCGGCUAACUCGCCUGAUGCGUGAACUACAGAAUACACAGACAGCCUACAGCGAACUCCUAAACAGCGACCCCAACAACGAGCUGACUAAGAACCUGUUUCGCAUGAUGAUGGAACAGAUGCAGCAGGUGCUGUGCAUCAGGAACACGCUUUCGGAACCCACAAAUGACACGUCCAUGCUGAAGUUCUUCGAGGCCUCGGCGAUCUGGCUGACGGAGGUGGCGAUGCUGCCUCGGGAGUCUUACGAACAGUGUUUGGACAAGCGGGACUUUUCGCCCCAAGUAUUCCGUAACCUUGAGUUGCUCUCGGACACGCCUCCCUUCGUCGCUCCUUAUAUGCAAUCGGUGCCUGAGGGCAUAAUCGACAACAUAUCGGGGUAUUUGAACUUUUGCCGGCGACUGACCGGGGAUCAGUACAUUGAUAUUUACUUUUCGGCCCACGACGCCUUUUUUAAGAUGAUACUGCUGUUUAUGGGCAGUUCGGGGUUGGUCAAAAAUCCCCAUCUGCGUGCCAAACUGGCCGAGGCCCUAGAAUUUUUUCUGCCCUCACAGAUUAUGGGCAGCAAUCGAAAGACCUUUGACACCCAUGUCUUCGACAACCAUCCGGAUAAGUUAAAGGUGGUCCGCAGUCUGCUCAACGUGUUUGUAAGCAUAGAAAUGACAGGCCAAUCGGUGCAGUUUGAGCAAAAAUUUAACUACCGCCGGCCCAUGUAUGCCAUAAUGGAAUUUCUGUGGACAAAGCCGGAGCAUGUGCAGUGUUUUCGGGACUUGGCCAUUGAAGCGGAGCAGAACAUGGACGCUAUUGAGCCGCCAAUCUUCCUUCGGUUUAUUAAUUUGCUGAUUAAUGAUGCCAUCUUCCUGUUGGACGAAUCCUUGUCGAAUCUAGAGCAGAUCAAGCAGCUACAGCAAGCCCAGGACAACGGCGAAUGGAAUAGCCUGUCCCACAAUGAGCGACAACAGCAGGUGACCAACCUGCAGCACUUGGGAAUGUUGGCGCGCUUUGAUAACAUUCUCGGAAGGGACACCAUCAACAUACUGAAACUGUUGACAACGGAGAUCAGGAGCAUCUUCUGCCAUAACAGUAUGGUGGAUCGCAUCGCUGCCAUGCUGAACUACUUUCUGUUGCAUUUAGUUGGGCCGAGGAAGGAACGCUUCAAGGUCAAGGACAAGAAGGAGUUUGACUUUGAUCCGGCUCAGACGGUGCUGGAGAUCUCUCACAUCUACAUCAACUUAAGCGCUGAUGACAGCUUCUGUUUGGCAGUCUCGCAGGACGGGCGGUCAUACAGUGAACAGCUAUUCGGAUACGCCGAGAACAUCCUGAUCCGGAUCGGAGGAGGCCAGUUGAUCGGCGAUAUGUCCGAGUUUGCUGUGAAGGUGGCGCGGAUGGGAGCUCAGUAUAAAGAGGAGCAGGAGUUGCUUGCCGAUGCGCCGGAAGAGUAUUUGGAUCCGAUUAUCUCCACGCUGAUGACAGAUCCCGUCGUUCUGCCCAGCUCUAAGGUCACCGUGGAUCGCUCCACCAUCGCCCGGCAUCUGCUGAGCGAUCAGACUGACCCAUUUAACCGCGAACCGCUCACCAUGGACAAGGUGAAGUCCAACGAAUCCUUGAAGCUAGAGAUUGAGCAGUGGAUUCAAGGAAAGCGAGAAGCGGCCCGCUCCAAAAGUUGAGGGAUCGCCGAAGACGCAGCUGCUGGCGCGGUUGCCCAACCAAAGAGUUAACUCCAUGGGAUAACGGAUCAGGCAAUAGUCAAUGUUUUUUUCAUAAGAAUUCCAGAAUUUCAGAAUUCAAUCCUUGUACAGUUAGUGGGUUUUGAAAUUUAUUCUUACUCUGUUUUUCUUAUUGGUCGAAUAAAUGGAUCUAUGUACGUUUUGAAA